AUGUCACACUUUCUUUUUUUCUUCUUCUAUUUAACGCCUUACAUAAGGCGUGUCACUAAAACAGAAUCUAUCUAUCUAUCUAUCUAUCUAUCUAUCUAUCUAUCUAUCUAUCUAUCUAUCACCCCAUUUCUUUCUUUCUUUCUGUCUCUUUUUUGGUUGCUUGUUCCUUUCUUUCUCGGUCCAUUAUUUCAUUAUCUGCUUCUUUCUUUCUUUCUUUCUUUCACAAUCCACUUUUUCUUUAUCUGUGUGUUUCUUACAUUUUUUCUUUCUUUAUCUAUCUAUCUCUCUCUCUCUCUAUCUAUCUAUCUAUCUAUCUAUCUAUCUAUCUAUCUCAGCCCAUUUCUUUCUUUCUUUGCUUGUUUAUUAAUUUCUUUCUUUAUUCAUUUAUUGGAUUGUUUGAUUGUUUCUUUCUUUCUCUGUCCCUUUGUUUCUUUAUCUGUAUGUUUCUUACAUUCUUUCUGUCUUUCUUUCUUUCUUUCUUUCUUUAUCUAUCUAUCUAUCUAUCUAUCUAUCUAUCUAUCUCAGCCCAUCCCUUUGUUUCUUUCUUUAUCCAUUUGUUUCUUUAUCUCUAUGUUAUUAGAUUUGAGAUAG